AUGGUACUGUCUUCGAUUUUCCGAAGAUCUUUCUCAGUAUGCGCGGCCUUGGCACCACAUACCCAAACGUUGGCGAACAGAUCUGCGGCUUUGACUGCAAGAGGCUUCUCGGUGCUCGCAGGAGGUGAGUCGGUAUGGUCAAAGGACGUUCAGGAGGUCGCCAAUAUCCGGCCUCCCAGCGUGCAUCUGGUUUCUGUCACAGACUACGUGCAGUUUCUGAUGGGCACAUGUGGACGUGGAAGGCUGCAGUUGUACCGCUUGCACCUGCCGACGAGAGUUUGGGGCCUCCUACAUUGGAAGAUGCUGACAUCCCAAGGGUCCGUUCUGCUUGAAUCGAGGAAGGUGGCUGUGUUCAGUUUGGGUUGCCUCGCUGUCCAACCGAAUACCUUGGCCGUGCGAUCACCAUCCCCUUCUGUCUGCCAAGAAGAAGGCCCGAGCACAUUGUCUCAGAAGAGUUCACUCAUUCAGGCGUCUCCUCGCCUGGAAGCUGUGGGCGAAAAGCACCAACUGAAAAAGAAGAUCAUCAUGCAAAAUCUGCUUAUGGCGAUCGGGAUGGUCCUGCUGUGGCAGAUGCUAGGGACUUGGAACUUGGUGGCCUUGGCAGCUCUCCUGGCAGUUCUCCUGCCAGUGCUGGCGGUCCUUCUCGUCAACGCAUAUCAAGGGCAAUUGGCGUUGAUCGUGUUAAGGGAUGCACUUAAAGAUGCACUUAAAUCCGUGCCGUUGGUCGUGGGAGAGGGCGUGAGAACGGUGCUGAACACCGAACCUGCUCAAGUCCUGGGGGCUGGUUUCCUGACUGUGCAAAGUCAUUUCUGGUUAUCUGUCUGGGAAGGGGCGGGAUACCGUGCAGCUGGCCCUGCUGCAUUUGUGAUUAAGCUGUUGUUUGUAGCGUUUGCUCUGGACCGGGUCUUCAUUUCCAGGAUCAAGGAGCCAUCCUUGGCAGACAUUGCGGAGCUCGUUGUGGCCGAUGCGUAUGCCGUUCCGCCUGGCAGACAACAAGAAGCGGCGAAGACUAGGAAGGACAUGGCUCAGCGCUUGGUGUCUGCACUAGAAAUCCUAGCAGCCUUGAUCGCCACUUGCAUGCUACGUUACGCCGGCAAGAAAGUGACAGAACUGGCCAUGACAGAACUGGCCAAGAAGAUCGUACAACCUGCGGUGCUGUUCAGCAUUCCUGCAGCAAUGGGCUUGUUUGUGGCGGAGGUCCUCCCUCUUAGCAAGGCUCACUUGCAGGUGGAAGAUGCGGAGCUCUCAAUGUACUUCCUGGGUGCUUACCAAAGCGGUGGGGUUCUCCAAAGCACCAGAUACGACAAUGAUUUCGUUGAUUUUGAGAUCCCAGUUUUCAAGCUGAAGACAGACCGGAUCUUUGUAUCUAGCUUCCCUUUGGAUCUCAGGGAGCUGUGUGCAUCAGAAGAAUGUGAUCGCGACGAUCUUCUGGUUCUUUACCACUACACGGACAUGAAAGGCUUCAGGAAUAUUGCAAAUUUCGAGCAGACUUCAGCCCAGAUUUUCUCUUCCUUGGCAGAUGAGCGUGCCCACUUUGGAAAAGGCGUUUACGCGACGCAACAUGAACCUGCUGUUUGGGGCAGCCGGCAGCGUGUCCUGCUGAACAAUUACUCCAACGGCGACCCACUCAGGGCGAUCCCCGUGGAGAAGGCACUCAUUCGGUGGGGCCUUGGCAAUCCUGAGGGGCACAGGGCAGCAUUCUGCAUCCCAAUGAUAGUACCCAAAGCAAUAUCCUACAACAUUUUCCAGCGUCAGACACCAGAAUUAGAAGCGCGUGGUGUUGCAUUGGGGGCGGACUACAAAGGGCGAGCUGUGCACAAGAGCAGGGACGUGUUUGUAGUCAGGGCCCUCGAUAAACAGCAACGGGUGGGGCAUCUUGCAACCAAGACCGACAGUAUUAUUGCAGUUCUUGACAAGCGGCUGGCCUUUUUGCAAGAAAGCAUUGGUAGCCAUGCCCAGUUGACUCUUGAAACUCUGGAUGAAAAGGCCCGGAGACUUCGGGGCCGAGGUAGGCUUCAGGAGGCGGAGCUUCUGUAUCGAAGAUCCCUUGAAGGAAGGCGUCAAACCUUCGGAGAUCUGCACAGCACCACCCUUGACUGCAUUUUCUGUUUAGCCAACCUCUUGGUUGAGAGGGGGAGGUUCGCUGAAGCUGAGCUGCUCUUCCAGGAAGCACGAGAAGGCUUCCAACAGACGAUGUUCGGUUUCUUACACCCAAAGGCUUUAUUUGCAUCAAGGUACCUUCAGCACUUGCGCAACAAAAGAGAGCAUUCUCACGGCCAGAUCUGGAAGCCAGGUGAGUCAAUGCCAAUGUGGUCGUUUCGAAACACACUUCAGAAGCUGGAUGCUGGCUGGAGGAAACUUGGCACAGAGGAGCAGGCCGAACACUUAUCUUUGCGCCGCAAAGAAUUGGGUGAAGCCCAUCCCGAAACCCUUCAUGCGAAAGUCCUCAUGGCCACCAGCCUUAUGGACGAUGGAGAGCUUGGUUUGGCAGAGACAAUGUGUCACGAGGCUUUGCGCAGCCUUCGCGACAAGGUUGGCCUCUCGCAUCCACGGACGGUCCAAGCCACAAAGACCAUGGCCCUCAUCUACCAACAACGAUUUGAAGCUCAAGGCUAUACUAUGUAUGAGGCAGAGCGGCUGGCAGAGGAACGGGUGGAUCAUGACCUCGAGCUGCUGCCCUGA